CAAAACCCAAACGUUAGUAAUUUGGCCCACGAAACUCAUCAAAGCCCAAAAGUAAGCAAUUUGUUUGAUCAUCUCCCUCUCUGCUCUGCUCCUCCACCGUCGCCGCCGGUGAACAAUUCAAUCUGACACUUCCCUGAACUUUUUAGCCAUUCCAUGGUUUCGCAACUGAGAGGUCACUCUCUCUACAACCGUGGAAUCUCCUUCCUCAUCUCUUCUUCCUCCUUGAGGAAUCUUAGUACGGCUUCUUCGCUUCUUUUGAACGCCGACCAAACCAUUACAGAGCCGUUGGCGAAAUCAGAGCUCGAAGCCCUAGUUCUCAAGCAAUACUCCAAUGGUAAAUUCUACAGUCUCGUUAAAAACGCUGUCGCUUUGCCUUCUGUUCUUCUCGCCGCCUCUCAGAACCUCUCUCUUGCCGCAAACUCUCACGGCUCCUCCGACGACUUUUCCGAUCGCGUCUCCCGGAGAUUCUCGAUCGAAGAGAUGGGACGCGAGUUACGCGAAGGCAAGUUUGAUAUUCGUUCUUCCUGCGUCGAAUUCAUUGAAAAGGGGCAAUGUGAUGAAUCACUUGUUCUCCCUAAUCUAAAACUCAAAGUGUUGAUUGAAGCUAUUAGAAUGGUACUUGAGAUUGUGUACGAUGAUAGAUUCGCUACGUUUUCGUAUGGUGGACGUGUUGGUAUGGGUAGGCAUACAGCUAUACGUUACCUGAAGAACUCAGUGGAGAAUCCAAGGUGGUGGUUUCGUGUUUCCUUUGAUCGAGAUGUGUUCCAAGAACGUAAUGUGGUUAUACUCUGUGGACUUGUUGCAGAGAAGAUCAACGAUGUUUUGUUGAUUGAGAUGAUAAAGAAGCUGUUUGAGUUUGGGAUUCUGAAGAUUGAACUUGGUGGAUGUAAUAGUGGAAAAGGUUUCCCACAAGAAUGUGGAUUGUGUUCGAUCUUGAUCAACGUUUACUUUGAUGGACUUGACAAAGAAGUUCAAGAUAUGAGGUUAAAGAUGAAAGUGAGCAAUCCUCGUGUUGGUACGGGCGAGGAGGAAGCUGUAGGUAAUGUGUUGUUGUUCUAUAAGCCAGUAAAUAUGUAUGCAGUUAGGUAUUUAGAUGAGAUACUUGUGUUAACAUCAGGAUCGAAGAUGUUGACAAUGGAUUUGAAGAAGCGGAUUUUAGAUAUUUUAGAACAGAGACUAGAGCUGAGAGUAGAUAGGCUGAACACAUCGAUUCAUAGUGCAGUGUCAGAGAAGAUUAACUUUUUAGGGAUGUAUCUUCAGGCUGUUCCACCUUCGGUUUUGCGCCCGCCUAAGUCUGAGAAGGCGGUUAGAGCAAUGAAGAAAUAUCAGAGGCAGAAGGACGUUAGGAAGUUGGAGUUGAGAAAUGCUAGGGAGAGGAAUCGGAAGACGCUGGGGCUGAAAGUAUUUAGACAUGUUUUGAAGAAACUCAAGCAGAGCAAUGGGUUUAGAUUUGAGGGUGAGAUAGAGAAUGAGGUUAGGGAUGUAUUCCAGAGAUGGGGAGAGGAAGUCAUGCAGGAAUUUAUGGGGUCCGUUGAAGAGCGCUGGAAAUGGCAUUGGCUGCUCGCUAGAGGAGAUUUUCUCUCUUUGAGACAUAUACGAGAGAAAUUACCACAAGACCUGAUUGAUGCUUAUGAUGAAUUUCAGGAGCAGGUGGACAGACAUUUGGCACCGACACAAGCUAAAAAGGCACUAGAGGAUGAGGAGAGGAGAGUUGCAGAAGAAGAGGAACAGAGGUAUGCUGAAAGGACAGUUGAGGAUUUGACUAAGUUGUGCAUGAAGGUGUCAGCUCCGGAGGAACUUGUUAGAAAGGCUGUUAAGUUAGUUGGUUUCACAAACAGCAUGGGACGGCCACGGCCUAUCAUUCACCUUACGAGUCUUGAGGAUUCUGAUAUCAUCAAAUGGUAUGCGGGUAUAGGGCGUAAAUGGCUUGAUUUUUUCUGCUGUUGCCACAAUUAUAAGAUGGUCAAAAUCAUUGUAAGUUAUCAUAUGAGGUUUUCCUGUAUUUUGACGCUAGCAGAGAAGCACGGAUCCACUAAGCGUGAAGCUAUUAGACACUACACGAAAGAUCUCAGAGUAUCAGCAGAUCUUGACGGGAGUGAAGAGGCGUAUUUUCCACGGGAAAGAGAGGUUAAGAUGAUGGGAGACAAGAACCUUUCAGACCCGAAACCAGUGGAUGGCCCACUGUCUUUGCUUUUGAUCAGGCUCGCAUCUGAUGAGCCCUUGCAUUCUUGUGCUGCAAAUUUCUGUGAACGAUCAGAUACAAUCGUCUACCGUGUACAUCUACUGCAAAACCGCUUGCGUAUCAACCCACUAGACGAAGAGAAAUGGGUUCGUGGCAUGGGAACAAUUCACUCAGCUUUGAAUCGGAAAUGUCUCCCUUUGUGUUCCACUCACAUCAGUGAUUUAUACUUGGGUAAAAUAACUCUUCAGGAUGUUGAUGGUAGUUCAUUCAUCGAUGUCAGGUGAUAAGUGUUAAAAUGGUCAUUCCUGAGAUGAUGCGAAAACGCAUGCCAUAAGUGUGUCGCAAACACAUCUGUCUCGAUAUCAUCUCUCUCAGUUGAUGACCAAAUCGAUGAGAAAUGCAAAAUUUGAUGAUCAUCAGCAUCCACCUGAAAUGUUGCUUACACAUAUGGAACAUGUUUGUUCCUUCAUGAUCGUCAGUACGAGACUCGGCAUUGUGAUCUCAUUUGAUCUACCAGAAGUGGCUAUGGAUGAUAAUAUGUGGUUGACUGGAUGAAUUUUUGACUAAAAAAUAGAGAUGCUCUUAGCUAGGAUUAAGGGGUGUAAAGUCGGAAUAUGUGUGAGAUCUUCAUAUUUUUCUAUCUUUCUUCGAAGCUGAGCUUUUGUAAAGUUGCAAAGUUGAUAAGGUUGAAUUGAAAUAUCAUUACUCAUUAGUUUGUUUC